UUAUGCUUCAACGAUUAGAGUGGAAUUGUUAUCCAAUUACUGCCGUUCAUUGGUUGGCACUUUACAUGCAAUUAAUGAAUACUUGUGAUGUGUUGCCGGCUCAGCAAGUUAUUGUUAGUGCUGAAAACGAAGCUCGUUGUUCCAACGCAUCAGACUGCAGUAUGUUAAGCGCUGGUUCUCGUGUUGCUGGUUUGAAUGUUAGCAUUGUUACAGCUCUGCCUGAAGAAGAUGAGAAUUUGACAGAUGAAGGGGAUGAUAGUGAGAAUCAAACGCCUAAUGGUUCAGAAAGUUCUUCAGAAAAGAGGACCAAAACAUUUCGAACGACUUGUGCCAGACGCGUAUUUUCCUUCAAUUCUUCAUUUCCUCGAAUGCAACUUUCUCACAUUGGUCUUUCACCUCGAAUUCUUCUCCACACCGCGGCAGCUGAUAUUAGCUAUAUGUUCUGUGCCUAA